UGGGUUUUGUAAGCAAACACCGAGGAAAUUCACGCAUUGUAUCCUCGAUCAUCCAUGAUUGGGCUCGACACCAGACUCACAAAGCCCCAUACAAAGUGCAGGAGCGCGUGUAGGAUUCAUUUGCAGUUUUGCCGAAGUGAGCAGAAGCACGAGUCAUGGCUACGGAUCUGUUGCAGACCUACUACGAGUGGGCCAAUGCCACCGAGAUCAAAGUGCUCGACUGGGUGGACCCCGACGGGGGUUGGAAGGUCCACCCUAUGGCCGACUACCCACUAGCCGACUUCGCCAGCGUCCUUGCCAUUUGCGUUGGCUACAUCCUCUUUGUCGUGUUCGGAUCGGCUCUCAUGAAACUAGGCAUCCCCGCGAUCAAAACUAGCCCGAUCCAGUUCAUCUACAACCCCAUUCAGGUCAUCGCGUGCUCCUACAUGUUCAUGGAGACGGCCAUUCAGGCCUACCGCAACGGGUACUCUCCAGCCCCAUGCAACGCCUUUAAAGCCGACGACCCGGUCAUGGGCAACGUGCUCUACUUCUUCUACUUGUCCAAGAUGCUCGAUCUGUGUGAUACUGUUUUUAUCGUUGUGGGCAAGAAAUGGCGUCAACUGUCGUUCCUGCACGUGUAUCACCACCUCUCGGUGCUGAUCAUUUACUACAUCGUCUUCCGCGUGGCGCAGGACGGUGAUUCGUACGCGUCGGUUGUGCUCAACGGAUUCGUACACACCAUCAUGUACACGUACUACUUCGUGAGCGCGCACACCCGCGAUAUCUGGUGGAAGCGCUACUUGACGCUGAUCCAGCUCAUCCAGUUCGUGACCAUGAAUGUGCAGGGUUACUUCAUGUACUCUCGCCGCUGCCCAGGUAUGCCCCCGAUGAUCCCGCUCAUCUAUUUGGUGUACGUUCAGUCGCUGUUCUGGCUGUUCGUCAACUUUUACGUGCGCUCGUACGUCCUUGCGCCGAAGAAGGUUUCCACUGCUAAGAAGAGCCUGUAAGAUGGUCCGAGAGGAAGCGCAAACCGUUAGACCUCUAUGGUCUGUAUGAUCGCCUCCAGAAUACAAUGAAGACGUUAACUUGAUCAAUCCGGACAACCUACUAGUGCAAAAAUUGUAUCUGAUGCCUUAGAAAUCGUAUCUCUUUAGUAUGCACCUAACGAGCGUUAAAUGCCGGCUAAUACAGAGCGCUACAUUUAGGUGCGUCUUUGCAACCUCGCUGA